AUGCCGCCUCUACAGCCUCAAGCGGCUGCAGCAGCCGCUGCUGAGGCUUCUGGUGGAAUUUUCAGUCGCUUGCUGCUGCCCUCCUGCAGCAGCAAACUCAUGCACUGGAUCGACGCGGCAGCUGCUGCAGCUCGACCCUUCUUUGCCGAGUCUGCUAGAGCGCACCAUUCCAGCCUUGUUGCUGCAUCAAAGGCUGCUACUCUUGCGCAAGCCGCAGAAACGUCAACGCCUUCGCCAGCAGCAGCUCUCCUCUGCUGUUCAUGGGCGAUCCAGGAAUUCCUGCUGCUGUAUGCGCAGCAGCAGCAGCAGCAGCUGCGCAUACAGCAGCAGCAGCUCGACACUUCCCUGUCUCUCUCGAUUUUUCUCGCCCACAAUGCGCUGCAGCUUCGGAAGGUAUCUCAGCAGCAGCAGCAGCAGCAGCAGCAGCAGCAACAGCAGCAGCAACAGCAACAACAAGAGGAGUCACGAGACUGGUGGCUGCUGGAAGCGCAAUAUCCUGGGGGUUUGAGGGAAGCGUGGGUAGAAGCCGAUGGGGAGGAGCUGCUGCAAGCACUUUCCAUACCAUCUUUGAUAGUGAUUUCUGCAGACGAUGAUCGAUUCCACUGCAAAGCUGAUGUCUUCGCGGCUGUUCGGUGA